CAAUAAUGAAUAAUUUAUAUAUUUUAUGUAGGUGAAAGAUAAAUAACAGAAUAAAUUUGAAAGGAGAUUAACCGAUCAAAUUUAGAAAAGAAAUCAUUUGUAUAAAAUUACAGAAUUGGCAAAAUAAUAAAGAUUGCACAUGUCUAAAAAUCCAUAGUACUUGGGAUUAUGGGAAUAAUAAUUGCAAGUUCUUAAAUGGAAUAAUAAACCUCUUUUCAAUGUACAGGAUGCACAAAAAUUCAAAUCAAUUUUUGUAGUAAAAAAAGUUAUAUUGUCAGGUCAUUAAAAAAGGCCCUAUUAUAAAAAUAUUAUUAUGGAAGAUAGAUGAUAUACAUAGUAUCAGCCUGUUUACAAGAAUAUUCCUGUAACUUAGAUUGUGA